AUGGCCGCGACGGUGAGAGGCAACGACUCCGGAGCUUCGGAACUGGCUGCCACGACUCGAGCUGAGGUCACGGCGGCGUUAUCUGACGGCGUGCGAUUCCAAUCACGAUGGCGGCCCUUGCCUCCAUCGUCGGCGAACGGUGACCAGAGUUCUCCCUGGGCGAAGGCUCCCCUGGUGGCGGCUCCACCGCCGUCGGACCCAGUGGACGGGGUUGUCUCAAUAACAAUCCCUGCAGAGAUCUUAGCGGACCCUAACCCUCUCUGGCGCUGCUAUGCUGUCGGGUACUUCAUUGGCGACGCCCCACACAUCGGCUCCAUUCACGCCACUGUUAACCGCCUCUGGUCUUCUCCAAAGACUGGUAACAAAAUCGUUGUGCAGUUUCUUGAGAAGAAUAUUGUUCUUUUCCGAAUUGAGAACACUCUGGUGCGGGAGAGAGUGAUUCAACGACGCUACUGGCACAUUUCGGAUGUUCCCCUAGUGGUUAACAAGUGGUCCCUUGAAACGGCGCUAGAUCCCCAGGACCUCUCGGCCAUGCCUAUUUGGAUCGACCUCAAGGGAGUUCCGAGUAUGCUGUUCUCUCACAAGGCUCUCAAGUGUCUCAGUCGCGCAGCGAGAAAGUUCGUCAAGCUGCAUCCUAGCACUGAGAGGUGUACGAGGAUAGAUGUGGCUCGGGUGCUUGUUGAGGUCAACGUACAAGCCCCUCUGGUGGAGAAAAUCAUAUGUCUGGACAAGGAUGGUUUGGAAAUGAUGAUUGAUAUGAGUUACCCCUGGCUGCCUCCGCAAUGUAAUGUCUGCGAUGCGUGGGGUCAUAAAGGGGUCAACUGUACGUCUAAUAAGAUUCGUGUUUUGCAGAAUGGUAAAGAGAUUGUUGAGGAAACUGGAGAUACUGAAGUGGUGAUAAAUGGUGAAGGCAAGGUGAGAUAUGAGCUUGACAAAAACCGCAAUGUAGUAAAUGAGCUGCUUCUUGAACUGGAAGAUCUUCCUCCAGCUUUGGGAAGUGAUGUUGUGGGUGAUGUUUCCAGGAAAGCAUUUGAAGUGGGAGGUAUUUCACUAUCUGCAUCAGAGCUUGUGGCAGAGAACUCAGAGCUUGACUGGGCUUUAGUUGGAGGCAAGUCCCCUCAGAUGGAAGCAAAGAGAACUGAGGAGAUGGCAGAGGUUGAUGGGAGGAAUGAUGGCAUAAUCUCUCCGUCGCGAUUCAGUGUUUUAGCGAUAGAGGGAAACGAUGAUAAUCAAGAAGAGGACGAAGACAGUAAGGAGGAAGGUGGGGUAGAAGAGGUAGAAGAGUUAGAAGAGGGAGAGGUAGAUGCUGGGGAACAAAAAGAGAGUACAAAACUGAAAGAUGUCGCGAAGAGUGUUCGUCUCCGCACUAAUACCAGUUUGAAGCUUAGCAAGCAGUUCCCAGCUCGUGCUAAGGAUACUAAGUCAUUAAGGGCCAGCACUAUCGCCAAAAAGCUUCCAGAAAAUUAUGGAGAUUGUUUGGGAGCUGCGUUACCAGGAUGGGCUUCAAUAGCAAACUAUGAUUUCAGCCCGUUAGGACGUAUUUGGUUUUGCUGGACUGAAGGGGAAGUUGUUACUAGGCUGCACGCUAGUUCUCAGGUCAUAACUUGUGCUGUUCAGAUUCCUGAGACAAGAGAGCAGUUUAUACGUUCUGCUGUUUAUGCUUCAAAUUGUGAGGUGGAGAGAAGAAAGCUGUGGGAUGAUUUGCGAGAAACUCAGGCAGUUUACAAGCUUCUGGAUUCGUCUUGGAUGGUCAUUGGGGAUUUCAACACUACUCUAUCUUCGAGAGAGCACUCGAGAGUGGGUAUGAGUCGAGCUUCGCAGACCGGGAUGCGACAAUUUCAGGAUAUGGUGGGAGACUGCAAUUUAACUGACAUGGCGUCUACUGGUGCUUUUUCACGUGGUGGAACAAGAGGGAUGAGGAACCUAGAGGAAAGAAAUUGGAUCGAGGGCAUUUCCGAUCACGCUAGGUGUGUGGUCCAACUAUCAGAAGUUCACAAUGAAGCACGAAGACCUUUCCGGUUCCUAAACUACCUUACGGAGCACGCUGACUUCCUACCUACAGUCAAGUGUGUGUGGGAUUCUGCUCCAGCCAUACACUACUCUCGCACAGCUUUAAGCAGGUUUCAAGCCAAGCUGAAGCUUCUCAAGUAUGACAUGCGGAUGCUAAAUAAGACCCACUAUGGUGAUCUACCGCGGAGAACCAAACUUGCAUUCGAAGAGAUGUGUCAGAGCCAAAACCUGGCUCUACAGGAUCCAAACCCCACAACCUUUGCUGCUGCUGCUGAAGCAUCUGACAGAUGGAGUAAAUUGACAAGCAUUGAGGAGAAGUUCUUCUGA